CCAUUAUCCGAACCAUUUGAGUCGGAUAAAUCUGAAUUCCCAGCGUCCAUGGAUGCAUCGCGAGUGCUUACCGGAAGCUGACGUAUAUGUUGUUGUGGCGUUCGACAGGCACGUGACGUGUCGGCGACAUGGCGGCCGAGUCUUCUGCUAAGGUUCUAUUUGAGCAAGAAGGAGUUUUUAUGCAUCCCUGUUGUGAUGAAGAAGACAAGGAAGAAGAUUUUCUUGUUUGUGGUUCACUUCGAAUAGUUGAGAAGGAUGCGGACGUCAUGUUGGAGUUCACGCCUCUUGAGGAUUCCGUGGACCCGUCGCACAUUUUAUGCGCUGCCAAGGACUCCAGCUCGGUCAUGGAGUGGGCCCAAUGCGGCAGCCGGUGUCCGGGCGAGCCGGGUCGGCGGCCUGUGGAGAACCAGCCGAGCUAUGAGGCCGAGUGGGACCUGAUUAACGCCACGUCUUUCAAGAAGAAGUCCUGCGCUGCAGGCGAGGGUUCCGCGACGGGCGGUCACGAGCGCGGCGGACGCUUCUUCUCGGUCAGCCUCGGUCAGCUCGCAGCCGUCACGCUCCAGGAGGACCCGUGCGGCGAUGUGCCCUCGCUGCUCUUCACACUGAAGGGAUAUUCAUCGCUGCCACCUUUACACUUCCACCAGGGCGGCAGCAGAGAGCUGCUGGACAGCCUGAGGAGAGUCGUCGCGCUCAGCGAGUGCGCGGAGGACGAGUCUCGUCUGCUGAUCAGCUCUCCCGACAAAGUUCUGAGUCAGUCCUUUGAGAAUCUGCUGGAGGAUAACAACUUCGGCCUGGUCCAGAAGUUUCGCAAGGACCCCUACGUGACCACCCUGGGCCGCUUCUCCAAAGUCACCAACUACAUUUUCGAUGCCUUCCGUGGCACGGAGGAGCAGCACCAGCGCCCCCCGGAGGAGGUGGCCCAUCUACUGGGGGAGAUCAUCCCGGGCCUGGAGAUCAACCAGCAGGAGGAGCCUGGCUUUGAGGUGGUCACCAGGGUGGACCUGGGGACGCGACCGCAGGUGUCACGGAGCGCUCCCGUGUCUGCCGACGCGUGGAAUGGACAUCAGGACCAGGACGGUCGCUUGAUGCAAGUGGCCCGGCUCCAAGAGUCCAUCUUCAGAGGGGGUCUGUGCCACGGGGUGAGGAAAGAAGCCUGGAAGUUUCUUUUAGGCUAUUUUCCCUGGAACAGCACUCUGGAUGAGAGGAAAAGUCUGCAGAGAAGCAAAACGAUUGGUUGGCCGCCGGUCCAGGCCGUGCCCGCGACUCGGGCCGGAAGUGACUCCGGCCGGCUCCCUCGCCGCUGUCUGGAAACGCACGUGACCGCGUAUGCCGCUCGCUGCCGCAGGGAUGAAUAUUUCCGCAUGAAGCUGCAGUGGAAGUCGGUGAGCGAAGAGCAGGAGAGAAGAAAUUGCCGGCUUCGAGACUACAGGAGUCUGAUCGAGAAAGAUGUCAACCGCACGGACAGAAGCAACCGGUUCUUCGAGGGGCUGGACACGCCGGGUCUGGUCCUCCUGCACGACGUGCUCAUGACGUACUGCAUGUACGACUUUGACCUGGGUUAUGUGCAGGGCAUGAGCGACCUUCUGUCACCCAUUGUCUUUGUCAUGGAGAACGAGGUGGACGCCUUCUGGUGCUUCGUCUCCUUCAUGGAGCACAUGCACCAGAACUUUGAGGAGCAAAUGCAGGGAAUGAAGACUCAGCUGAUCCAGCUCAGUACGCUGCUCAGGCUGCUGGAUCCGUCCUUCUGCAACUAUCUGGAAUCUCAGGAUUCCGGUUAUCUUUAUUUCUGCUUCCGCUGGCUGCUCAUCCGCUUCAAGAGGGAAUUCUCCUUCCACGACGUCCUCAGGCUGUGGGAGGUCAUGUGGACGGGGCUGCCUUGUCACAACUUCCAUCUCUUGCUCUGCUGUGCCAUUCUGGACUCAGAGAAGAGCAAAAUCAUGGAGGAAAAGUUUGGCUUCAACGAAAUCCUCAAACAUGUGAACGAGCUUUCCAUGAAGCUGGACGUGGAAGAUAUCCUUCAGAAGGCUGAAAGCAUCUGGUUGCAGAUCAACCAGUGUCAGUGUGUGUGUGUGUGGCCCCCGGUGCGUCCUCAGGGCCUGCCUCAGGCCGUGCUCAACAUCCUGGCGUCGGACUCUGAAGCUCGCGGUUGCCGCGGCUCCAACCAGCGCGCGGCGUCCUCGGCCGCGCCCAUGGCGGGAGCCUUGCAUCGAGACAAACGUGCCUGCGCCACCUCCAGCGGACACUUGCGAGCCAUGAACUCUCAGAAUCUCAGCAAAGUGGCCUUCAUGUCCUAGCCAAGAUGUUUAUUUUUCUACCACGUGCACGGACGGGAAGUUGCAUCUGGACUCCUUUUGUGACGCAAAAGACAUUUUUGAGCACGCCGGACGUCACAGCUAUUGUAAACAUAGUUAUCCUCCAUGGCAGGUUUCAAGCAUUAAAAAAAAAACACUUCUA